AUGGCUGAGAAGCUGGUGCCCGGGGACCUGUUCCUGAGGAAGACCCGGGAGUCAGUGUCAUCCCUGGACUCGGACAAGCUGGCACCCAUCUCGCCCGAGGCAGGUGGCGAGGAGUCGUCGGACAGCGAGGGCGAGCAAGAGGACAGUUCCCACAAGCUCAUCCGGAAGGUGUCCACCUCGGGGCAGAUGAGGAGCAAGAAGAGCGUGAAGGAGGGGCUGUUGCUGAAGCAGACGAGCUCCUUCCAGAGGUGGAAGAGGCGAUACUUCAAGCUGCGGGGCAGGACACUCUAUUACGCCAAGGAUGCCAAGUCCCUGAUCUUCGAUGAGGUGGACCUGUCUGAUGCCAGUGUGGCCGAGACCAGCACCAAGAACAUCAACAACAGUUUCACGGUGAUCACGCCAUUCCGGAAGCUCAUCCUGUGUGCGGAGAAUCGGAAGGAGAUGGAGGACUGGAUCAGUGCUCUGAAAUCUGUCCAGAAGUGGGAGAUCCAUGAGGCCACGCAGUUCAACAUGGAGCACUUCUCGGGCAUGCACAACUGGUACGCCUGCUCCCACGCCCGCCCCACCUUCUGCAACGUGUGCCGCGAAGCCCUCCCGGGGGUCACCUCCCACGGCCUCUCCUGCGAAGUCUGCAAGUUCAAGGCACACAAGCGCUGCGCCGUCAGAGCCACCAACAACUGCAAGUGGACGACUCUGGCCUCCAUCGGCACUGAAAUCAUCGAGGAUGAGGAUGGGGUGGCCAUGCCCCACCAGUGGCUGGAGGGGAACCUGCCUGUCAGCGCGCGCUGCGCCGUCUGCGACCGGACCUGCGGCAGCGUCCGGAGGCUGCAGGACUGGCGGUGUCUCUGGUGCAAGGCCAUUGUUCACAGUGCCUGCAAGGAGCUCUUUGGCAAGAGGUGCCCCCUGGGCCAGUACAAAGUGUCCAUCAUCCCGCCAACCGCCUUGAACAGCAUCGAUUCAGAUGGUUUCUGGAAGGCCACCUGCCCCUCAACCUGCUCCAGCCCUCUCCUCGCCUUCGUCAACUCCAAGAGCGGGGACAACCAGGGUGUUAAGUUUCUGCGCAAGUUCAAGCAGUUCCUCAACCCAGCCCAAGUCUUUGACCUCAUGAAUGGUGGCCCGCACCUGGGGCUGCGCCUCUUCCAGAAGUUCUCCACCUUCCGGAUCCUGGUGUGUGGGGGGGACGGCAGCGUGGGCUGGGUGCUCUCUGAGAUCGAUGCUCUUGGUCUCCACAAGCAGUGCCAGCUGGGCGUCCUGCCCCUGGGGACCGGCAAUGACCUGGCACGAGUGCUGGGCUGGGCCAGCCUGUGCGACGAUGACACCCAGCUGCUGCAGAUCCUGGAGAAGCUGGAAAGGGCCACCACCAAGAUGCUGGACCGGUGGAGUGUGCUGACCUACGAGGCCCCCAAGCAGUCCCCCCCUGCCCUGAAGGACGAGGAGAAUGGGGAAUCCAACAUCCAGGCCCAGAUCUCCCACUAUGCCGACUCUGUUGCCUUCCACCUGGCCAAGAUCCUGGAGUCGGACAAGCACUCGGUGGUGAUCUCAUCUGCAAAGUUCCUCUGUGGCACUGUCAACGACUUCGUUGCUGAAGUUGGCCGGGCUUACAAGAGGGCAACGGAGAACAAGCAGGAGGCUGAGCUGAUGGCACGGAAGUGUGCCAUGCUGAACGAGAAGCUGGACUCGCUGGUGCGGGAGCUGAACGAGGAGGCUCAGGCCAUCGUGGUCCCCGAGGGAAUGGCACAGGCCACCCCUGCUGACACCAAGGACCAGGAGAAAGGUGGCAGCUUCAACCCCAGCCCCAUGCCUCGCAUCUUCAAAUCCAAGGAGCAGCUCAUGCUGCGGGCGAACAGCCUGAAGAAAGCCCUGCGACAAAUCAUCGAGCAGGCGGAGAAAGCUGUGGAUGAGCAGAACAAGCAGACCCAAGCCUACCGGGGCAGCGCGGGCCCAAGCAGGAAGGACAGCUCGGAGGAGCUCAACAAGGAGGAGGAGAGGCUCAGCUCCCGGCAGGAGACAGUGACCUCUGCGUCUUCCUCCAUCAUCCUAGACCGGCCAGACACCUUCGGCAGCUUGCAGUUCCCCGAAGACCCCAGCACCCUCCUCUUCUCGGAGAAAUGCGUCAUGAAUAACUACUUUGGCAUCGGCCUGGAUGCGAAGAUCUCCCUGGAGUUCAACAACAAACGGGAUGAGCACCCCAAGAAGUGCAGCAGCCGCACGAAGAACAUGAUGUGGUAUGGGGUGCUGGGCACGAAGGAGCUCCUGCAGCGCACCUACAAGAACCUGGAGCAGCAGUUGCAGCUGGAGUGCGAUGGGGUGCCCAUCUCGCUGCCCAGCCUGCAGGGCAUUGCUGUCCUCAACAUCCCCAGCUACGCCGGGGGCAUCAACUUCUGGGGAGGCACCAAGGAGGACAAUAACUUUGGGGCUCCAUCCUUCGAUGACAAGAAGCUGGAGGUGGUGGCCGUCUUUGGCAGCAUCCAGAUGGCUGUGUCACGGGUCAUCAACCUCCAGCACCAUCGCAUCGCACAGUGCCGCGUGGUGAAGAUCACCAUCCGGGGGGACGAGGGUGUCCCUGUGCAGGUGGAUGGAGAAGCCUGGAUCCAGCCACCUGGCAUCAUCAAGAUCCAGCACAAGAACCGAGCCCAGAUGCUGACACGGGACCGGGCAUUUGAAAGCACCCUCAAGUCCUGGGAGGAUAAGCAGAAGGGGGAGAGCUACCGAGCGGCCGCCCGGCCACGGCUCAGCUCUCAGCAGUCCAUGGAGUACCUGACCGAGGAGGAGAGCAGCCUCUUGCAGCAGGUCUCGCGGGUCGCCGCGNCGCUCGCCCGCAGGAUCCACGAGGCAGCCAAGGCUCACAAAGCCGUGGAGCAGGAGCUGGCGCACGCUGUCAACACCAGCUCCCUGGCGCUGAGCGAAGCCCUCUCCAACAAAGCUGCUGGCACCUCGGAGGUGAGCUGGGGCUGGGGGUGCAAGGCAACCUUCACCCAGCUGGCUGGGGAUGGUCCUUGUCCCCUCCAGCUGGACUCGCCGCAGGAGGAGGAGGCACUGCAUGGUCCCCUGAACGUGCUGGGCCAGGAGCUGCAGAGACUGCUGGACAUCCACUGGCUGGGGCCCAUUGCCCACCCUGCUGAGGAGGAAAGCGCUGGCAGCGCCAACAAGGGCAGCUUCAAGCUUCGCCUCAACAUCCCCAAGCCCAGGAAGGACAAAGACAAGAUGCAAAAGCAGAAGACCAACAGCGUGCUCCCAGCGGACAAGUGGGGCUCCGAGGAUGUGGCAGCUUGGCUGGAAGCGCUCGGUUUAGGGGAGUACAGAGACAUUUUUGUCCGGCAUGACAUCCAGGGCUCUGAGUUGAUCCUGCUGGAGAGGAGAGACCUGAAGGACCUAGGGAUCACCAAAGUGGGCCACAUGAAGAGAAUCCUCCAGGCCAUUAAGGAGCUCAGCAACCCGCCCUAG